AUGCUUUGCUUAUGUGUUCAAGUGUUUACCAUGCUGGUUAUCUGUGCAGCCGACACUGCGAACAGAGAUAUUUCAUAUACAUUCAGAGCUUGGAAUAUGGUUGACCAGCCUUUGCAGGAGCAACUUGCUGUUGUGUAUAAGGAGAUGGAAAACUUGAAACAUGAACAAGCAGUGAUGAAACAAAAGCAAGAAGCCUUGAGCCAGGAAUUACCACACUGUUCACAAAAGCCUAUUGAUACAGACGUGGAGAUGAAUUUGACAUCACUACAAACAGGCAGCAGCCAUUUGCUGUAUACCCUCACCCAGGAUGGAGAUGGAGAUGAAGGCUCUGGUGAGGAUGACAGUGAUGAGUCCUCUGACCCCUGCAAUCACUAUACCGCGCUGGACCAAACCUGGAGAGCCACAAACUACACCACCAAGAAUGUUGCUUGUGACCGUCGUGUCCAGUGGAAGGGCUGGUACCGUCUCUUCUACCGUGGGAAACCCAUCCAGAUGCCCGAGAGGUGUGUGAAGAAAGAAAUGUGUGGCACGCACGCUCCGCUGUGGCUCGUCGGCGGUCAUCCCCGGAUACGAGACGGGGUGGUCACCCGCAAGGUGUGUGGAAACUGGAAAAACAACUGCUGUUUGUUCAAAUCUCCUCCCAUUCAAGUGAAAGCAUGUAGGGGAAACUACUACGUUUACAAGUUUGUCAAACCGGUAGCUUGCCAUAUGGCAUAUUGUGCAGAUAUUAACACGCUUGUCUGUGGAAAGUGCAGAAAAUCUGAGUCUUGCAUCAGCAGAGACAAAAUCACCUGGAUGUGUAAGAAAAACAAAAGUAGAGUGAAAGCAAACGUCCAUUUUUUUGUCACCUACCCGGCCAGCAUCUCAGGAAAAGUGAACAGGAUAAUGUACAGGAAAGUAUAUGUGAAUCAAGGAGGGGCUUUCAGCACUCGCACCGGGACAUUCAGAGCUCCGGUUUCUGGCGUCUAUCAGUUCUUCUUCUCCACACAGACUGGGGGCAGUGGGACAACUGAUCUAUGGCUGGUUGUAAAUAAUUACUGGGUGGCUGUGUCCCAUAGCAAUGUUCAGGGCUCCAGCUCAGUUGGGAAUCUGUCUACGUACAUGACGACUCUGCGCAAGGGUGCUACGGUUUAUGUGACCCAUAAUCGUGGCCGCUCUUGGGCCAAUAAUGCAUCCAACACCAUCGUUUUUGGGGGCUCAUUGCUUAUGGUGAGAAAAAUCUAA